AAGAUGCAUUUGCGCGCCCUCUUGCUGUCUCUCGCGGGGAGAGAAAAGAAAGUGGGGAAGAAAAGCUCUCUUUGUUGAAGUGGGCGCUCAUUCAUCCAGCAGACCUCACAGCAAAACCGGGAGACAUGGGAGCCCGCAGGCAGCACAGACCUGCGCUUGUUUCAGAGCCGCCCCACUAAGGAUCAGGAUCAGUGCGACAAAAGACUCCCCUCAUAGGUUUUUUUUUUUUGACUAAAAUCUACCUUUUUGCGCAGCAGCUGUGGGAAUAUGUGGAUGCGCGUCCUCGGCAUGAACUCCGCCGCGGCGCCGCGUCCGCGGCUGCAACUCUUCACCAGGGAGCGGAAAAGAGAUGCGCGGAUGCUGGAGGAUCCUCUCCACGAUUAAAGUUGAGCGAGAAACAGACAACAAUAAGUUGGAGUCCCACUCGGAGCCGGGGCUUGAGUUUGGCUCCGUCACCCGCGUCUCGGAGCGGCUGCGUAAACGCGGAGCUUUGGCACCAUUUGGUUUCCCUUUGACUCCCCAGAGCGCGUCGUUUUGGUUCUCACAGCAAAAUCAGUCUGGAGAGAAUGAGGUGUCUCCGGGUGAAGCAUGAGCUGUCGGAGAAUCAGUCAUAAGCGGCUGUCUCUGCUAUGGGAGGGGGUGGCCGUGUCCCUGUGGCUGUGCUGCGGCUGGAGCCCCGGGGGGGCCGCGGCCGGGGCCGCGCCCGGUGCGCCCGGGCCCCUGGGCUGGAUGCUGUCCGAUAAAGGGCCCUUCCAGCAGGCCCCGGAGUUCACCGAGGCUCUGGAGAGGUACCAGCAGGGCUACAGCACCCGGUACAAGAUCUAUAGGGAGUUUGGUCGAUGGAAGGUCAACAGCCUGGCGGUGGAGAAGCGCAACACUCUCGGUGGCAGCGGUGGUUUGGCUCUGCCCCUCGACCCAGACUUCAUGCACACCAUCCGCCAGCUGGGGAGGCGGCCAACCCUCCAGAUGAUUACAGAGAGUCUCAUCAAGAAAUAUGGCACCCACCUCCUCCUUUCUGCCACUCUGGGAGGGGAGGAGUCUCUGACAAUAUUUGUGGACAAACGGAAGCUGAGCCUGCAGUCGUCGCCCGCGGGCGACGAGGGCGUCAACGGGAACUCCAACACUACGGGAGCAGUGACUCUGGAAGUCCUGCACCAACUGGCCGCUUCCUACUUUGCAGACAGGGAGGGCACCUUGCGCCGGCUGCACCACGUCCAGAUUGCAUCCACGGCCAUACGGGUGAGUGAAACCAGAACUGGGCCCCUCGGAUGCAGCAACUACGACAAUCUGGACACGGUCAGUUCUGUACUGGUCCACAGUCCAGAAAACAAGGUUCAGCUACAAGGCCUGCAGGUCAUCCUACCGGGCUACCUACAAAGCUGCUUCAUCCAGGCGGCUCUCGACUACAUCGGCUGUAAAUCUGAGGGCCGGUUCGUUUGCCAGAGCAACGACUGCUGGUGCGAGUGCAGCGCAGACUUCCCAGAAUGCAACUGUCCACACUCUGACCUGGACACGCUGGAAAAGAGUCUCCUGCACACCAGAGAUUCCUUGAAGCUGAUCAGCCAGGAUUUUGAGGAAUCAGAGGAGUUCCAAAGCUUCCUCGGGAAACUGCCAACACAUUACGCUGUAAACAUGUCGGCCGUGGAGCACUUGUGGAGGAUGGAUGCCGUCCUGCUCCAGCGAUACAGACAGCUGGAGGCCAGCAGUAAUCAGCUUUUCGCCAAAGCUCGCCGUACAACCAACAAGCUCUUCAGCCUAAGCAAAAGAUGCAGGAAACAGCCAAAAAUAAUCCUGCCGAGGCCAAGGCCCCUGCAGUCCUGGCUGAGCCUGGCUCUGUCCAUGCUGUACUGCAGCGAGAACAAGCAGGUGGGCUCCUACAGCCACCGGAGCCACAGCUGCUCCUGCCCCUACAGCCAUCCGCCCUGCCAGGGCCUCAUCCCCUGCUCCGUGGGCGACGGCCCCCGCUGCGCCUCCUGCUCCGCCGAGAACCGCACGCGCUGCUCCGGCUGCAACCCGGGCUUCACCCUGACCCAGGGCACCUGCAGGCCCGCCGUGCCCGACCCCACCGACCCCUACCUGGGCAUGGAGAGCGACCGAGACCUGCAGGACCUGGAGCUGCGCUACCUGCUGCAGCGGCGGGACCCGCGCAUCGCUCUGCACGCCGUCUUCGUGAGCAACGACGUGCGGGUCAACACGUGGUUCGACCCCUCCUGGAGGAAGAGGAUGCUGCUCACGCUCAAGAGCAACCGCGUCAAGUCCAACCGCGUUCACAUGCUGCUCGGCCUCGCGCUGCAGUUCUGCCUCACCAGAAACAGCACCCUGGAGCCCACGCUGUCACUGUUUGUCAAUCCUUUCGGGGGCAGCCAUGCGGAAAGCUGGACCAUGCCUAUAGGUCAGCACGGCUACCCUGACUGGCAGCGGACCAAACUGGAUAUCCCACUGGACUGCUACAACUGGACUCUGACUCUGGGAAACAAGUGGAGGAGCUUUUUUGAGACGGUUCACUUCUACCUGCGGAGUCACGUCCGGGACGCUGCGGGCAGGAACGCGUCACAGCAGUACGAGCCCGCCGACGACCCGGAGCCGUCCAGCAACAUCGGCUACAUGAAAGUCAACAGCAUGCAGCUGUUUGGGUACAGCGUGCACUUUGACCCCGAGGCCAUCCAGGACCUGAUCCUGCAGAUAGACUACCCGUACACUCAGGGAUCGCAGGACUCCGCGCUGCUGCAGCUGGUGGAGCUGCGCUACAGGGUUAACCGCCUCUCGCCUCCAGGGGCGCCGCACAUGGAUCUGUUCGCCUGUCUGCUUCGCCACAGGCUCAAACUGUCCAGCGCAGACGUGACCAGGAUACUCACUGCCCUGCAGGCUUUCAGUGCCAGACAACCAAACCACACAGAGUACGAGGCCAAUAAACUGUGCAGCUAAUGGCUGCGGCUCCAUGUUUUGUACUUUUUCUUUCAGACAGGUUGUGUACUUGCUCAGCUGGAUCAUAUUGUUUCAAGUGCGUGAUAUAUUGUAUGAGACUGUGCUGUAUAUAAACAAUGUGCAAUUAAAUUCAAUGUUUGUUUUCUGUUUUGUUUUUUCAAAUUUUCAUUGUAGUUUUAUGAAUAAA